GAUAUUCAAACAUUUAUUGACGAAGCAGAACACGGAGUCGUUUAUUUCUGUAUGGGCAGUUUAUUACGAGGUGAAACUUUUACAGUUGAAAAAAGAAAAAUGUUUUUAAAAGUCUUUGAGAAAAUUCCACAACGAGUUCUAUGGAAAUGGGAAGGAGAACUACACGACAAACCAUCGAAUGUUAUGAUACGUAAAUGGAUGCCUCAACGAGAUAUAUUAGCUCAUCCUAAUGUUAAAUUAUUUAUCUCUCAUGGUGGUUUAUUGGGAACUACUGAAGCUGUGUAUGAAGGCGUUCCAAUUUUAUCAAUACCAAUUUUUGGUGAUCAAAUGACAAACGUCAAAGCUGUUAGAGAUAAAGGAGCUGCGGAGAUUAUGUAUUAUACUGAUUUAAAUGAAGAUGAAAUUUUUACAAAAAUAAAUUCAAUGCUUACAGACCCUACAUAUAAACAAAAAGCCAAAGAGUUAUCAGAAGUAUUUCGCGAUCGACCUAUGUCUCCUCUGGAGACUGCCGUGUACUGGACUGAGUAUGUUAUCAGACACAAAGGGGCACCACACCUUCGUUCAGCUGCUGUUGGAAUGCCAUGGUACCAAUAUUAUUUAAUCGAUGUACUGUUGGUAAUUUUUAUAUCGAUCGCAACUAUCUUUGUAUCAUUGUACUACUUAAUUUUCAAACAAAUUUUACGACUUAUAUAUAAAAAAAGUAAAGAAAAACAAACAUAAUCUAGUAAUUUACAUUUAGUUUAGGCAUAGAUGAAAUAUACAAUAUAUAUGUAUAUUUAAUCUAUGAUUUAGGUACUAUGAAAUAUGUCCUAUUUCAUUAUUAUUAUAUUAUAUUGGCUCCGAAGCAAUGUGUAAAAUAAUUCCGGGGUCGUCGUCGAUUUUAAAAGUGAAAAAAAAAGAUACUGUGAAAUAAUAAAUCCAAUUGUUCUAUGGUGUCCAUAAUACAUAUAUACAUUUAUAAGUAGGGGUUUCAAUGCAAAGUAAA